UGGUACCGCAGACCGGUAAGUACAGAGCUACUGUACCACCCUGUUUAAGAUCCAGCGCGAGUGGAUCAGUUCGAAAUAGCAAAUUUCAAUCUCUUCCACAAACAUGAAAUACUUGUUGCUGGCUGCCGUUGUGGCAUUCCUAUUCCUCCAAGUUUUCGCAGCUGUGCCCUACCCACCACCUCUUGAUCGGAAUUUAUCGGAAGACUACAAUGAGAACCUGGAAAAUUACUUGAGAACCGACAAACGUGCUUGCAUUCGCCGUGGUGGUGGAUGCGACGGCAAGCCUAAUGACUGCUGUGCCAACUCAUCUUGCAGAUGCAACCUCUGGGGGACCAACUGCAGGUGCGAGCGUGCUGGUCUUUUCCAACAGUGGGGGAAAUAAACGAGCAGUCUGAGAAAGAGUCGUACGCACUUUUCGACACGUGAAAUCCCUGUUUUCUUCAGUGUAUAUGUUCGAAUUGAUGUACGUGUGUGUAAUUAUGUAUUAUCAGUUUGACCAAUCACGGUAUGCGUAGACGUGUUACUCAUUACUGCGUCGAAAUUCAGAAUUGCAUUUUGUUCUGUAAAUAGUAAUCAUAUAUUUAUUGCGUUUUUCCUUCUUUACCAAUUAUAAACUCAAGUUUAUGAAACCUUGGACUGAAGAUGAGCGAUUCCGAA